AUGGCAAGCUUGAACAUCAAUGUCGAAUUCAGUGGUGGUAUGGAACUGCUCUUUGACAACGUGCGUAAGCACACUAUCUCCCUGCCUGCUCAGACUGAAGGAGGACAACCAGCCAAGUUACAAGAUUUGAUUUUCCAUAUCCGUGACAAGAUGAUGACAGAGAAAAAGGAUCUAUUUGUGGAUGGUGAUACUGUGCGACCUGGUAUCCUUGUGCUUGUCAACAAUGUCGAUUGGGAACUCUGCGACGAGCUCGAAUAUGAACUUCAGGAUAAGGAUGAGAUUGUCUUUAUCAGCACUCUUCAUGGUGGAUAG